CCUCAAUAUUUAUUUUAAAAAAUUCCUUCAGAUUCGUUUUAUGCUUCACAAUUUCCGCCCCAACCGUUACUGUCUAGUAGACAAAGAAUGGCCAGAAGAAGAUGCCAUACUUCCCUAUAAUGAAAAAUUUUCUUCUUCCCAAACAAUAAUUCUUCAACAUAGCAAUUCUGUAGACGAAACACAAAAACUCCAAAAAUCUUCUUUUACAAGACAUUCGAGUGAUUAUGGCACUUUGGCAAGUUCUUCCGCUUCUGUUAACAAUAUUGAAGGAAAGAAGGAAGAAAUAGAAACAUUGAUAAGAUGACAAGAGUAUGAGGGGAAAGGAUGA